GUGGCCGUUCCCCCCGGCGCAGUGUGGGAAGAACUUCACCUGUCUGAAUGGUGGCAAGUGCGUCAGCGAGCCCUGGGGAGCCAACUGCACGUGCAAGCCCGGAUUCACCGGCAGGACUUGUCAGAUCAACAUAAACGAGUGCGAGCCAAACCCCUGCCAGAACGGAGGGACGUGCCAAGACUCGGAGAACAAGUACGAGUGCGUGUGCAGCGCCAGCUACACGGGAGAGCGCUGUGACGUUAACAAAGGGACUCCAGGUGCUCUCUUCCCCUCCCCACUAAUUGAAGUAGCUGUCCCUGUAGCCUGUGGCUCUUUACUGCUACUCAGUAUUGGUCUCAUAUUCAUGAUUCUCACUGCAAGGAAGAGGCGUCAGUCGGAGGGAACCUACAGCCCGAGCCAGCAAGAGGUGGCAGGAGCUCGGCUGGAGAUGGACA